GAAGUCAUACAGUACAAAGGUUGUCCUUUUUUUCAAACCGAUGAUUGUAAAUAAAUGUUAAGGAUAAACUUACUUGAAAAAACUUGUUCGAAAAUCAUUUAUUUUUGCAACAAGCAGUUCAUGAAAGAUGGCGUUUGUAUCCACAGCCCAUUACUCAAAUUGGGCAUUCAAGACAAUCUGCUGCUCACCAACAACUUGCUGUCACUGUACGCGAAAUGCUUCGGAGUUCAACAUGCACGCCACUUGUUCGAUGAAAUGCCCGAAAGAGAUGUUGUGUCUUGGACUGGGGUUUUGUCUGCCUACGUUAAAGACGGAAACCACGACGAAGCCCUCAGAUUCUUUGACUUGAUGAAGGCUUCCGGCGAAACCCCAAAUGAGUACACGUUUUCGAAUGUCUUAAGAUCAUGCUCGACUUUAAGGAAUCUUGCUUAUGGUACGAAAGUUCAGGCGUGUCUGAUAAAGCUUGGUGUUGAGUCGAACCCGAUCCUGUGUAGUAGUUUGAUCGAACUGUAUUCCAAAUUGGAUUUCUCAGAGGAAGCAGUUUCGGUGUUCAACGCCAUGGAAAACGGGGAUACUGUUUCUUGGACUGCGAUGAUUUCUUCGUUUGUGCAGGCUGGGAAAUGGGCUCGUGCGUUACGUUUUUUCACCCGCAUGAUACAAGAAAGAGUGUCUCCGAACGAGUACACCUUUGUAAAAGUUUUAGGUGCUUGUAGCUUCCUAGGAAUCAAUUACGGCAAGUUAAUACACGCCCAAUUAAGCGUUUGGGGUGUUCGUCUGAAUCUGGUUUUGAAGACGGCUCUUGUUGAUAUGUACGCAAAGAGCCAAAAGAUGGAGGAUGCUCUGAAAAUCGUAAACCAAACAUCCGAACAAGAUGUACAGUUAUGGACAACUCUGAUCACCGGCUUUACCCAAAACUCGAAUUUCAAGGAGGCAAUCAGUGCGUUCAGACAGAUGGUGGGUAAUAAUAUUGUUCCGAACAACUAUUGUUACGCUGGAAUACUAAACGUUUGCUCCUCAAUUCGACUUCUGCAAUUGGGAAAACAGGUGUAUACACAGGUUAUUGUGGCUGGUUUAGCAAACGAUGUUUCUGUGGGGAACGCUCUUUUAGAUUUCUAUACGAAGACUUCGAAAACCGUAGAAGAUGUUACACACGUGUUUAAGGCGAUAGUUUCACCAAAUGUCGUUUCUUGGACAACCUUAAUUGCUGGCUUGUCUGCACGCGGUUUUCAAGAUGAUUGCUUUCUUGCUUUUCUUGAAAUGCGACUCGUGGGCCAUCGGCCGAAUUCGUUCACUCUGUACAGCAUUCUCGAAGCUUGUGGUACAAAGGGAGCCCCAAAGGAGACAAUGAAGAUUCAUGGAUUCGUUAUUAAAACUAAUGCAGAUAGUGAUAUAAAUGUCGGAAAUGCUCUCGUCGAUGCUUACGUAGGGACCCACAUGGUGGAUUGUGCGUUGAGUUUAGUGAAACAAAUGAAGAACAGAAACAUUAUCACCUACACUGUACUUGCCUCGAAGCUGAACCAGAGAGGAUAUCAUAGAUUGGCCUUAGAAAUCGUCAAUUGUAUGCGCGACGAUGAUGUAAAGAUGGAUGGGUUCGUUAUAUCCGGUUUGUUAUCAGCUUCAGCCGAUUUAGGCGACGUUCGGACUGGAAAACAGCUCCACUGCCAUUCCGUUACGUCAGGCUUUGUCGGAUGGAAAUCAGUUCUGAAUGGUUUAAUCGAUUUCUACGGAAAAUGCGGGUGUGUCUCAGACGCCCAGAAAGCGUUUGAUGAAAUACCCGAACCAGAUAUCUUUUCGUGGAACGGUUUGAUUUACGGUUUUGCUCAUAACCGACUUACGACAUCUGCUCUAUCAGCCUUGGAAGACAUGAGAUUGGCAGGAGCGAGGCCUGAUUCCUUCACACUUUCCACCGUUCUAUUUGCGUGCAGUCAAGACGGCUUAGCAGAUUUAGGUGUCGAGUAUUUUCAUUCUCUGAGAGAAUUAUACGACAUAAAGCCACAGUUGAGCCACUGUAACUUGUUGGUUGAUCUUCUUGGUUGGGCUGGCAGGCUGGAAGAGGCUGUGAGUUUGGUUGAAUCCAUACCUUUUAUUCGUAAUAAUGCUUCGAUUUACAAAAGGUUGUUGUGUGCUUGCAAAUUGCAUGGAAAAUUGCUUCUUGGAGAAGAAAUCGCAAGACGAGGCCUUGAACUUGACCCUCACGAUUUAGAGUUUUAUGUUGUUCUUGCAAGCAUAUACGACGAGGCGGGUCGGUCUGAUUUAGGGGAGAACAUGCGCAGACUCGUUAGAGAGGGGGGUUUAAGGAAGAGUUCAGUCUUUAGCUUCGUUGCAAAUUGCUAACACAAAUCCAAGGUUUCGAGAAAGCCCAUGUAUUGUAAUCAGCUUCGUUUGAUUAAUUAUAAUUACGUUGCGUUUGAGAUUUGCAAAUAUACGAUCUUUGUAUUGGAUAAUAUUACUUCAGAAGAUUGCGAAAUGAUUAUAUUGUUUAUCAAAUUU